GUUUUUCACAAGACAUUUUAAAUGUUCAAGUUAAGGUUACGCAUGUGGGAUAUUUAUAAUUUGAGAAUAAUAUAAAUGUACCAUUCUGGGUAAUUGAUUGAGACAAUCUUAUUUUCUGUAUUUAAAUUUCACUUACGGAAAUAUGCGGUUGUAUUUACGGUAAAAGUAGCAUUUAAGCUAGCAGUUAUUUGUGACAAGAGACAACCAUUGUAGUUGUUGAAGUUUCUAUUGAAUACGACCGCAAUAAACAUGUCAGCAUUGGCGUUGGUUUAAACAAGUGUUUAACGAAACAGUGUUAAUACGCCUUUACCCAGUCAAAUGCUCUCCACAUUCCUUUAAACGAUGGGCUUUAUUCAUACACCACACAGCUAUGGUGCAUGUAUUGCUCUUUACAGUCUAGUGUAUAUGGUGAAGAUGAAAUGGCAUAUGCGGAAGUUAUAAGUUGGAAAAAUUACCAUGUGAAAAUUGUUCAUUAAUGUGGAGAUAGUGGAUAUAUUGUGUAGAAUUGUGCUAUCUAGACUGGUGAUGUGUGGAUCUGUCUAAACGAUGACGGCACGCCAUAGCGAGGUGUUAAGCAAUCCGCAUGUGUCCAUAGGUGCCCAGGAGCUGUUACAGGUAGAAAAGUUCACUAAAUUCGGCUUCUUACGCAAACAAGGCUGGUGGGAACGACUUAUUAAAUUCAUCCUAUGGCGUCAUAAGUUCGUGGUGUUGUCCCGGGGCUGCCUGUACGUGUACUCGAAUGAGCUUGCCGGACGUCCCCAGCAGUCCAUUAACCUCAACCAAUAUAAACGAUGCGAGAGGCACCAGCAGGUGGAGGGCCGGAUGCAGUAUAUGUUCAAACUCGUACCGGAAAUGACGCAAACAGACCACGUUGUGUAUUUCGCCUGCGUUACUGAUGACAAUAGAAUGGAAUGGAUGCUGGCAGUGAAGAAUGAGAUGUUGCGCGCGCAUAAGUUCUCGGACGAACAAAUAGCCCGACACAAGCAGGGUUUCGGUGACGAAGGCGAUUACGCGUACAUCGAGAAGGAAGUAUCCAUGGACACCAUCCCUACCCCAGACCCCAAGGACAACGCACCAUUGCCUGCUGACACAAAUGACGACGAGUAUUCUGAAAUUGAGGACCCAAACGAACUGAGAGGACCUUAUAAAUCAUCGCUCGCAUCAACUUUACCUUCCAACACAUCACCAAAGGUAGAUGGUCUACACGAACCAAACGCCAUUAAAACACUGCCUCCAAAGAAGCCUAUCAAAAAGGUUGUGAUAUCGAGAUCCUGUUUCAUGUACGAAGGUACAAGCAGGGAAGAAGUUGAAAAACUGUUACUUGCUAUGCCGGAAGGGACAUUUCUAGUGCGAAGGUCAAGGAAUGAUAACAAAGAGGUGGUGUCUGUAAAUAUUGAGAACUCUUUGAAGGAGUUCAAGAUACACCAGCAUGACGAUGGUCUCACUCUCGAUAACAGCCAGAAGUUCAGCACGGUCGAGGAUUUGAUCCAGUACUACUUGGAGCACAACCUGCCCAACAAGACCGUACGGCUCGGUCGUCCGUUCGCGCAAUCCACGCAGCCAGGGGCGAGUUACGUGAACACAAAAUGAGAGCCUAUCACCCGGCCCCAACACGCUUGGUUGCUGUAUGACCCAUAGGUACUAGUCAUUGUGAGCUUGUAGUGUUUCAUGCAGGACACGCAUCACAUGACACAUCGGCCAUCGUGACCUGUCGACGUAAUGAAUAUAAUUGUAUACGUAAAAGAUAUCCGGUAUAAAGUUGUAUUUACGACGAUUCAUGUGUUUACUAAUAUGGCUGACGAAAUCUGUAUAUACUUCUGUCUAUGAAGAAUCCGGUAUAUAAACUUAUGGCAAAACAUGACAGCGGUAAGAGCUAUGCUAGGAGCCAAAAAACCCCUGCGCCGUUGUACUUAUGUCCAUGACUACUAGUAUUCCGGUAUAUGUUCAUUUUCCUGACGAUCUGGUAUAUUUGUAUGUUAAUGCAAAUUUAGGUAAAUACUUAUGUCUGUGAUGAAUCCGGUAGAUACUUAGGUGGGUCCAAGAUUAUUGCGGUAUAAAAGCAUGCUUUAUGAUCUUAUAAUGGUCUUGUAGUCAUAUGCGACCCACCAUAAGAGUGCUGUUUAUGACGAUCCUAUCUAAUAGGUUUUACUUGUCAAGCAGUAUGUUACAUGCCAAGGAUUUUUGUUUGUUUUUUAAACACAUUUCUUUUUCUUUGUAGCUCACUUGAGCACAGCAUGCUAAUGGUGACCUCUUGUGAUCAUCUUUUGUCUGUCAACCGUCAACAUUUACAAAAUGAUUUUUCGGCUGAGAUAGAAACUGGUUUACAUGGGGCCAAAAUCCUAGGUCACAAUGAAAAUUAAAGAAAAAGCCUGUGAACACUCUAGAGGUCAAAAACUUUUACUCAGGUCAGCAGCGUCCAAAAACUUGGUCAGCAGGUCAAAUAAAAAAACUUGGAAGUACUUUAGAGGCCGCAUUUAUGACUAGUAUAGAUGAAAGUUAUUGAGAACUUUUUAUCUUGACAAUAUGAAGGUCAUGUUUAAAUCAAUUGGAGUCAAAUCCUAAAUUAACAAGUCAAGAUUUCCACAAUUUGUGUCUGUGAACUCAAGUAGAGUUCACUGCGGCCCUCUUGUUUUAUUAAAUAAAAUUCAUGUUAGUAAACUUUUGUACAGCCGCUGGACUUUUUAAUGGACGAGUAUUCACAUGUAUAUACUACAUAUAUUAUUGUCAUUUUAAUAAUUGAAUAGAAAUGCAAUGAUUUUAAGUACAUUUUUUUUCUGUAAAGAUAUAUCUGACAUACAGCUAGGUACUAAAUGUCUUUAUAUUACAUGUUUAUACACAUUUUCUAGUUUUGGUACUUAUGUUCAUGAAUGAUUACUAUUUUCAAGAAAUGAAAUUGUUGUUUACAGUCUAUUUUAGAAUGUUUUGUAAAGUAUUUUUUAAAUAUUCAAUAGAAUGUUAUUUAUUCGAUUCAUUCUUGGACGGUAAUUUAUCUAGGCAAAGUAACAAUUGUUUGUCAUUUAGCUAGAUCUCAUAUGUUUAAGUGCAGGUGCCAUUAAACGUCAAGAAAUGAAUACUGUAUCAGUCAAGAAACAAAAUACUCAAGAUCUUCAUGUUUUAUAUUAUUUUUGUUUCUUACAACUUUUAAGUAUCACCAGGGACCUAUACAUUUUGUUUGUAUAGGUCCCAGGUUAAACAUACGUGUAAGGAUAAACCUUGUAACAGAUAAACCUUCAUGCUGUGUAUAUUCUAUUGCACUUGUUCCGAAUUGUUUAUUUUGUAUUUGUAUUAUAUUCACCAAAAACAUGUCAUAUUUAUUUCUCCCAAUUUACAUGCUUUUAGUACUGUGUUAUCUAUAUAUAAUUGAGAUAAUGAAAUAAAACGUUAAUGCUUUUU